UCCGCCGCGCCGGCUGCGGCCGGCCGGGCUGGGAGACCCGCGAAGGGGAGAAGGUGAGGGGACCCGGCGGGCAGCUCCGCACGGACCGGGAAAUGAACGUUUGGGAAUCUGUCUGCGAGCGGACCCAUGAUCCAAGGACCAAAAGAGCCGCGUGAUCUCCCGACCUGGCCCUGCGACCCGAGACAUGGGCCAGACCUCGGUCUCCACGCUGUCCCCGCAGCCCAGCAGCGUUGACGGACUGGACAAAGCUUCUAUAGCAAACUCAGAUGGCCCAACAGCAGGCUCCCAAACACCUCCCUUCAAGAGAAAGGGGAAACUCUCCACCAUUGGUAAAAUCUUUAAGCCUUGGAAAUGGAGGAAAAAGAAGACCAGUGACAAAUUUAGAGAAACAUCAGCAGUAUUAGAAAGGAAGAUUUCUACAAGACAAAGUAGAGAGGAGCUGAUAAGAAGGGGAGUUCUUAAGGAAUUGCCUGAUCAAGAUGGAGAUGUAACAGUUAACUUUGAAAAUUCAAACGGGCACAUGAUACCCAUCGGAGAGGAAUCUACCCGAGAGGAAAAUGUAGUAAAAUCUGAAGAAGGUAAUGGCUCUGUAGCUGAAAAAGCACCACCUCUGGAGGAAAAGGCAGAAGAUGAGAAAGAGAACACUGAAAACCACUCUGAAACCCCGGCAGCUCCUGCUCUACCUCCUCCAGCUCUUCCUAAGCCUACACCCAAACCUAAGCCCCAAAAAACACCUGUUCCUCCAAAAGGGGCCGCCGCUGGGGCCAGCCCCAAGGGUGACGAAGUGCCUCCUAUUAAAAAAAUUACCAAGGCUGCUGGUAAGCAGGCCCCCGUCCCUCCACCCAAGCCAACAAGCCGAAGUGCAACCCGAGAGGCUGCUGGUUCCUCUCAUUCAAGAAGAACAACUGGCUCCAAAGCAACAGCUUCACCAUCUACUUCCUCCACGUCAUCUCGUCCUAAAGCUUCGAAGGAGACAGUCUCUAGUAGCAAAACAGGGAUUGUAGAAAUCACAAAGGGCAAGAAGAAAACUGGCAAGCAGCCAACGUCUCAGCCGUCCUCAGAUGCAGCCACUUCUGGCACAUCUGACCUUACAGGAGAGCCUUCGGAGACCGGGGUGGCGAGUCUCAAACCCGAGCAGACUGCCCCUGGCACCGAGGAGCAGACCACAGGCAGACCCACGUCCGCAGACCCUCUGCCCGCUGUGGCUCCGGCACCUUCUCCCCCCACCCCUCCUCCCGCCCCGGAGGAGCAGAGCAUUGUUGCCUCAGACACUCCUGCCGUCCCGGUCAGCAACGGAGCCGACCUGCCCGUCCCUGCCUUAGACCCAAGUCAGCUUCUCUGGACUGAAGAGGCGACAAACAGCACCACUGUCCACGCGGGCGCUGGCUUAAGUGUUAGCAGAGAAAGUGCAACAUGUUUCACAACCAAAGACGAUCUGGGGAAGGCAGCGCCCCAACUCCUGACUCCUGGGCUGAUGGGAGAAUCUUCAGAAUCCUUCACGGCCUCAGAGGACGAAGUCCAAACGGAAUACCAGGCCAAUGACUCUGACUCCGACGGGCCCAUCUUGUACACCGAUGACGAUGACGAGGAAGAGGACAAGGAUGGCAAUGGAGAAAGUGCUUUGGCAAGUAAAAUACGACGAAGGGAUACUCUUGCUAUCAAACUUGGCAACAGACCGUCUAAGAAGGAAUUAGAGGACAAAAACAUCUUGCAGCGUACCUCUGAAGAAGAGAGGCAGGAAAUCCGACAGCAAAUUGGAACCGAGCUCGUCAGGAGACUUAGCCAGAGGCCCACAACUGAAGAAUUAGAGCAAAGAAAUAUCCUGAAGCAAAAGAAUGAAGAAGAAGAGCAAGAAGCAAAAAUGGAACUUAAACGCAGACUCAGCAGAAAGCUCAGCCUGAGACCCACAGUGGCAGAGCUGCAAGCUCGAAGGAUCCUGCGGUUUAAUGAGUAUGUAGAAGUCACCGAUUCACCUGACUAUGAUCGCCGGGCAGACAAGCCCUGGGCCAGGUUGACACCUGCAGACAAGGCAGCAAUAAGGAAAGAACUAAAUGAAUUUAAAAGUACAGAAAUGGAAGUUCAUGAAGAGAGUCGACAGUUUACCAGGUCUUUCUGGAAAGCAAAUACUGACCCCAAGACUAGAAACAGCCUCUGUAGGGCAACCAUACAUCAUGGUGUGACAGCAUCGUUCCCUGCUGGGGAUAGUGUCCCAUGAUAAAGGAAGUGGUGAUGUAUCUUCAUAAUUUAAUAGCAAAUCCCUUCCCUGAGGUUUAUGGGGGCCUGCUUGCUCCAUACCUAUUGGUCCUAUAAUAAUGUCUGGCAUGUAGAAACAUUCCCCUUUCCCCUAGGGAUAGUUCUUCCUUAUUUGUUUUGUUUUCUCCUGUAUCAUAUUUAUUUGUAAAUGCAUGUAGGGCUUUUAGACAUCCUGAAUAUAUAGACUUUUUCUCUAUUUGAGUGCUUUAUCCUAUCAUAAUCUACUCUUAGACCCAUCACCUUCCCAUAUCAAGCAGACCUAUUUGUCCUCUCCUUUUCUCCCUUCUACUUCUGGGGUCAGGAAGAGUUCAUGCUAAUAUCUGACACUGUGGUCACCCUUCUCCAGUUAAGUUGAUCAUCAUAAGGCAGCUGGAUAUUUAUGGUGACAUUGAGCUGGCUGGGACCUCCAGGAAACUGGGAAGAUGCCAUGUGUUUGUGUCAUUCAGUCCUGACCCUGAGAGUCCUGAGAUGUAGUGACUGCACGCAACCCAGUUUUUGACAUUCGGGAUAGUUUUCCGUCUGUAUAGUUUUCCUAGGAAUUGUAGUAACUGAUUAACUCAUUUUCAUUUGAUAGCAUUGUAUGAAGAAUAAAUUACAAUAGAAAAUAAUCAAAUUUUUAAAAUGCACUUAUAUGAAAGUUCUCAUUGUAUGAAAAUUAAACAUUUAUACUCAGAUAGGUCCUUCUUCUUCUGUUGUAUACUGUGACCAAGUAAAAAAAGUAGGAUGUAGGGAGAAAUGAAGUUCAUUUCUUUUUUAUCUAUGUAUUCUUAUGUACACAAAUAAUAUAUUCUAAUUAAGCAUUCAAACAUCACAAAAAUGUAUCAAGGAAAAGUGAAAACUUCCUUCACUCCUUCCCCAAAUUCACCCCCAUUCUCACAGGAACCACUGGUAAAAGUUUGGUGUAGAUCUUUGUAGACAGUUUUCUGUACAUUCACAAACACGUAUAUAUAUGUGAUAUAUGUGUACGUAUUUAUAUGCAUUUAUGUACCCCUCUCAGUUAUACACAAAGACAGCAUCUAGAAAAUCUGUCCAUGUUAGCAUAUAUUUCAUUCAUUUGAAUGACUCUAUGGCAUUUCAUAGAUAAUACGGUAUGCUGUAAGUUGUUGAACAAUUAUUCUAUCGAUGGAUGUUAAUGAAAAUUUUAGUUUUCCAUUAUUUAAACAAUGCUACCUAACUUUCUUUGUAGAUACACUCUUUUGCAUACAUGCCAGUAUUUCUGUAGUAUACAAGUAUUUGCUAUAUCCACUAAAUGUAUAUUUUUUAACAUUUUGAGAGAUUACUAUUCUCUUGUCUUUCCAAAAGACACAGUUUUCAUUGCGACCUCCAGUUUAUGAACAUGACUGGUCUACUCACCUUCAUCAGCAUUUGGGGGUGGUGGUGGUUCUAAAGAAUGAACAAUAAUAUCCUAUUUCAUUGAUUUCUAUAAGGUUAGGCAUAUUUACAUAUUUUUAUUGAUUUUUUUUUUUUUAAUUUGAUGUGCUUUGACCAGUCCUCUUUGGAGUUGUUUGUCUUUUUCAUAUGGAUUAGUAAAAUUUGCUUGGGCUUCCCUGGUGGCGCAGUGGUUGAGAGUC